GUGAAUUUGGUUUAUUUUUGUUUAGCAGUCGUGUUAAAAUGUUUUGGAAUUUUUAUAAUUUUUAUAUUGAUACGUUUGUCCAUCAUUAUGUUUGAUUCAUUAGAAUCGUAGUUUAUGGCACCUGUUAUCAUUUCCCUCAGGGGUAUGUCAUCUUCAACCGCCUCAUAUGAAUGAAUAAGAGCUCCAGUCCAGUCUGACAGGGUCUUAAGAGCUAAUCAUGCGGUAUAAUAAGCAGGAAUUAUUGACCCUGGCUACUCAACCUUCUCAAAAGUUUGACAAGGAGGGAGUUCUUCUUGUUCGUGAAAGGCAGGAUGGCUUUUUCAGGAAAACAGAAAGAAAGGACUCGUUCAAAAAAGGGAAAAGAUCUAAAAGUCUCCAUGAACUAAACUGCUAUGGUGGAUCAAACAAAGUGAGCUUUGAGCGAUGGUGUCGUCUACGAGGUAACUUGUUGUUUUAUUUCAAAACUCGUGAUCAGUGGUCAGAGCCGGUAGGAGUUAUCGUCCUUGAACACUGUACAAUUAAAGUCAACCAAGCACCUCCAAUUGAUGGUCCUUUCGGAUUUCACAUAGUGUUUGAAGGCGGUCAGAGCCACUACCUGGCAGCAUACUCAGAGCAAGAACGAGCUCUCUGGCUGGAAGCCAUUCAGCUGGCUGGCUACGAAACUACCCGUUCUCACCUAAUAGCUUUGCAGCAGCAACUGGAGCUCAAGAAAGGUCAUGACCCCAACUUAAGCGUCAAUAUGGUUCGGCUUAGGAAAGGUCAAUCUCUUGAUCCAUCAGAGGUACCAUUGUGUGAAAUUGCACUUGCCUGUGACAAUCUUCUUUGUGACGGCCAUGGGAGGUCUCCUAAUCCAGUGCUUGUAGCAAGAGUCUUCAUUCCUGCUGAAGCUGUUUGGCUCAAAUAUGCAAACACAGAAGUUGUUCAGCAAAGCAGCAAUCCAAGUUUUCUCAGCACAAUCACAUUUCGAUCCAGUGAUGGGUUAAAUGAAGAAACUCAGGUUCGGAUUACAGCUUAUGAUGUGCGAGAGUUUGCAUCGUUGACCUCAGUUCCAAUCGGGAGUGCUUGUUUUCGGCUAGCAGAUAUCUUGGAAAUGUCUGAGCAUCGAUUGAGGAUACCUCUCCAAAAUUCAACCUCCUCUACCGUGGGGUUCCUUACCUUGCUAAUCUACCGACUGGAUAGAAAUAUCUCCAAGAAUCCUAGCACAGAAUCAACACCAUGUAAAUCAUUACCUCAAAAAAAUUCUGGCAGUCUUAUAUAUUGCCACAGACGAUCUCAAUCUCUGCCACCUCGGUUGGGUAGCAAACUGAAACUCCCAAAACAAGGACGCCUGAAAGAAGUCUUCGCCAAUGUGACGAUGAGCACGUACCGUUUUCAUUCAGGCUUAGGUGGAGAUAUAAGUGUUCAAGAAGUAAUGGCUGAAAGUCGUUUCUGCUUUACUUUCCCUCAGCAGCUAUUAGGUGUGUGGAUGGCAGAGGAGAAAGAACUCUUGCAAGAAGUUGCUGGAAUGGGUGAACUAGUAGAACCAUGGCACUCUCGUCAAGUGGAGCUUCUUGAUCGGCAUUUACAGCUCCUUCACUUGUAUUCGCAGGCCAAAGAAAAUCUCCAGGCUCACAAGGGUAGUUUCUUCAAGCCGAGCUCAAGAAAAUUUGAUCGAUCAUUAGAGUUUGCUCCCAUCAACCUUCACCUCCAAAGGUUAUGCGCCCAAAAUGAGACUUUGAAAAAGUCGAAUAUGUAUGACAUAAUCUCAGUUGGAGCUUUUACCGCUCAUGCUCACAAGUCAAAGAACGGCGGGUUGGUGAAACUUAUUCAACAAUUGAAGGACCUGUCUGUGAGGAGCUCAUCUUCCUGCACCAAUAAAAUUUCAAUGGCAAACGAUGCCAUUCAAGCAAUCAAGCAACUGCGACGGGAAGUUGUGGAUGCUAUGCGCUUGUUGAUGAAAUUGGCCAAAGAGAAAAAAACUACAGGAAUGUUACCGAUUUGUGAAGACAUGGUUUCAAAAACCCGAAUACUUUUAAGCCUGUGGGACCCGUAUCUAGUCGAAGAAGCGCUCUCGUUUAUUGAAGAGUACAAAGUCACAACAAUCGAAGAGCGCCUCGAGGGUGAAGACAGUCUGAGCUCCAUGUCCCCAUUUCACAGAAUAACGCAUCAGCUCAACCUGAACCUGAGAUCAGGAGAAAUCGACGACCUUGCUACCCCAGAUACUCCAGCCAUGCUCAAAGACGUCUGGAAUCUGGCCUCCAUCAAUAGCCUCAGUAAGAACGGGAAUAAUGAAAGUGCUAACAACUCUGGGUCUGCCGACGGAGAGCAGCAGUUUGUAAUUUUUCCGGACGCUGAAGAAGAGACGCAAAUUCCCGAUGAAAACUCAAACUUGUCAACCAGUAGUAAUAACAAUAAUAGUUACAACAAUGGUGUCUCCGAAGAGAAGAAACCAAACGGGAUGGAUAACGAAGUGUGUCGUAAAUUCCUUGAUACUCAUGCAAUGUGUAACUCUCCGUCAGCAAAUUACUACAAGCCAACAGACGAACCGGAACCGUUCGAUUUAACCCAGUUGAAUAUUGAAGCAAGCGUAAUGUGCCUUGUUAGCAAAGUUAAGUUCCUUUGUGGCCGGUGCAGUAGUCCAGCCGUAAGACUCAGAACUCCAAAGAAUAUUGGCAAAACUCAAAGUUUUAGGAAUAAAUUGUCUGAGCAAGAGCUAAGUCCUGCAAAGAAUGAAAGAGAAAACGAGAUUUCCUGUGAUGCGCUCAUUGAGAAGGACAAUGACCCAAAAGAGAUCAAAGAUGCAAGCAAUAAACGCAACAAAUUUACUGAAGGCUUGGACUUUGCGUCUAUCACAGACUGGGCCACGGAAUUAAGACCCAGCAUGCGCAAAUUACGGCAAGCGAUGGAUGGACUUCUGAAAACUGCACGGCUGACUCACAGCGUCUUCCGAGUUCAAGAAGAUAAGCGGAUUGCUCAAAGAACAUGCAAUGUUCGUUACAGGAGACAUGUGUGUUUUUCGCAAGCUUUGACAAGUGUUGUGGUGGCACUUGUAGCCAAGCUUUGGUGUGAGAAAGCAGACGCUACGUUUUUGCACAUUCUCCUUAGUGUCGGGCCUUUACUAUUAUUUGAAGGUUUAUUAAGCGUCUACGCUGACGAGUUGGACAUGUGGGGUGAUAUGAUAGUUGCCAUUGAAGACCUGCGCUCCGUUAGAUUUACUUUGGUCCAUCAUGUCAAAGGUGAGCCGAUCCUCCCAAGAGUUGUGGGUUCCCGAGCAUCAUUAGGUGUCCACAUACCUGUACCAGACUCAGUUUAUUCCUUGUUAUUCUGCGUUUUCUCAUAUCGGCCCUCAUUCUAUGUUGUUCCGAUCUACUUCAAUGUGGGCAUCAAUGAAGUGGCCACGAUAGCUGAAACAUUUGGCCCGAGUCGUCCACAACAACGAAAUAAUUUAGAUAAUUUUGAGCGGCUGAACGAUUAUGUCCGCCAGUUUCGCAAGUUGAAUUUAUUCGAAGCGGCUGCUGGAGGUUCAAAACGAGGAUUCUUCAACCUGCAACAAUCACCAUCAAAAAUGGAUCUUUUGAAACAAUUAAAAGCUGCCAUAGAAUCAAACAAAAGCAAGAAUGUUGCCAUUUUAGACUUGGCAGCACAGAUCACCCGAGGAUUGAAAGGACUGAAGUUCACAAGCUGUAAAAGCGGCAAAGAUCGGACUGGGAUGUCGGUAACUCUGGAGCAGUGCAAUAUUUUACGUCGCGAAUAUGAUUUAGCAGACAGUGAAUUUCAGCGAGCUCUGGACUGUAUGCGCAGUGAGGGCUGUCGCCGUGAGAAUGCAUACAAGAAUACGGGUGUUCGAAAAUUUGCGUUCAAUAGUCUGCAGAGGAUGGCAUUGCCCCCUUUAUACAAACCUCCAGUUGGAACUUUUGGAUCAGUGCAAUCUUAAAUUUUAGUCCUGUAGCUUUCUCCCUGUGUAUUUAUUUGUUAGUCACCGGUGUUAUACCAGUAAGAAUAGCGUUGAUAGCAAACUUAUAGCAAAAGGCAUAAAAUGUUGCUGACUGAAAAAAAAAAAUGAAGAAAUAAAAUUAUCAAAUUAACUGAUGUUGGUCAGGAAGCAGGUAAUGAAUAUUGAUAAUACUUUUACUGUACGAUAAAAUGAAAUUUUGAUGUAAAUGAAAACAUUUGAGGAAAAAUACUAAAAACCUGGGGAAAUAAUAUAAGUAACAGAAUUGUAAAGUAGUGCUGGCUUCACUUUAUUCUGAAAGGAUAUCAAAGCCAAAGGUACCAAAAAUUGAAAGUAGUUCAGCAAAAUUGAAUUCUAAUGAUUUUCAUGGAGAGACUGGGGGACAAUGGUCAACUCAGGGAGGUACAUUGGAAAUGCAUUGACUACGUACCUACUUUAUUGUCGCAGGGCUCUUCAUAUCAAAUUUUUGUCAAAUUUUCAUCAAACUUUUAUUUCAUUUUUGCAUAAUAUUCAUCAUCUUCGAAGCUGUGAAA